CGGGGCUUUUCUUUGUUCAAGAGUAGUGUAGGUGGGUCUUUCUUUAUAUUCAUCUGAAACCCUUGCCUUUACCUUCACCUCACUACCUAACUCUUUCAACACCACUCAAUUCCAUCAAGAAGACUACAAACCAUAGCCAAGGAUAUGUGCUGCGUCAAUUUAAGGUUCUCUGUUCCGUAUGCGAUCAACAUCUUCAAAAUAUUCCAGGUAGGAAUACUGGGUUGGGAUUGGGAUCCAUACAACAUCAUGGGAGAUCUCAGUUGGAUGAAGGUGAUUUGUUUUCUCCUCCUCCUUGGGUUUUCCUUCAUCUCCAUUGAAGGUCCCCCCACUCCUUCAAUCAAUCCACGGUUUGCCUUCAUGCCAUGGCCUCUAGAGUUCCAGGCUGUAUCUUUAUCAUCACUGCAACCGCCCCUCCAUCACAACUUGCAGACGCUUCACAAGUCAUUGAGGGUUAUCCUGGAGCAGAUGACCCCGGAUCAGAAGGGUCAGAACAUGGAGAUCUGGAGGCAAAUCCGGCUGAUCACCAUGUUGUGAUGAUCACUUGAAGAUAAAUAUAUGUAUAUAUUUUGAAGAAGGUUUUGUUGCCUUUUAAUGGUGAACCAAAUAACUCUGGUUAUGUUGGUCCAUAUGUCACAAUCAUAUAGAGAGCAUCAUAACCAGAGUUCUUUAGUUGACGAUUCAGAAGUAAUGAAAACUUUUUCAAAAUAUAUAUAUAGAUAUAUAUAUAUACUGCCGUUGUUGUAAUUUGUCCUUUUUCUUUUAUUUUGAAGAAGGUUUUGUUGCCUUUUAAUGGUGAAGUAAAUCAUUCAGGCUAUGCUACUGUCACAUGUAAGAGUAGCCUAACCAGAAUUAUAUGUUUUGUGGUAUGGUCUUCUUCCUCUCUGUUUGGUUUUCUGUGCGAAGUAGUUCCAGACUGAAGGGAGAUAAUAUUCUGUAUGUUUGAUAUGAUUAAUUGAAGUUAGAAUUUCCUUGAGUGUUAAAUGAUACUAA